UUUUUGUUGACAAACGCGUAAGGACUUAUACUCUUCUUCAAACCAUGCAGAGGCAGAAUCAACCUUCUGUUGGGUUACCUUCAGGACAACAGAUUCCUACUAUGAGUAAUGGCAUGCCGUACGCGAUUCCUGUCCAACCUGUCUUUGCACCUUUGCCAGCUGGUUUCCAAAGCACGUAUAAUAAAUUAUAUGGAUCAAAAAAUUUUAUGUAUACAGCUACUACACCAGAUGCAGCUUCUCCAUUUGACUUUUCCCAGAGGGUAUUGAAAUUUGGUCAAUUGCCAAGGAAAGCAGAAGAGACGACUAGCGGCGUCCAUAUUGGAAAGGAAGAUCAGCAGGGGAUACAGAAGAAUCAAAAAGUUUUAGACCAAGAAGAGAAAAGGAACCCCACCACCUCUGUUAGUGAGAAAGCUAAUACUCACAAGGAGUUACGUCCCUUCGUUCCUCCAAGUACUCAACAAUUACGAAGGACACUCGUUUUGGGUGAUAUUCCAAACAACUUGAAUGACUUUUGGAUUGAUAAAAUUUUGCGUUUGUCUGGCAAGCUGGCUUGUUGGCGUCGUGUCUCAGAUGCUGAAGGGGAACAGGCUUCUUAUGGAUUUGCUGAGUUUGAAUCCAACGAGCAAUUUAGCAGAGCAUUGGAAGCUUUGCAAGAUUUUGUUCUUCCUUCUCUGGAAGAAGGAAUGCCUACUACGAAGUUUACCAUUUUGACGGAAGCAGAGAAUGAACCGUUAUACCAGGAAUGGAAACAGAACCGCUACAAAAACAAACAAAAAGAAAUUCUAGCUCUUCAGCAAAUUCAUGCAAAUUUGGAUAGAAUCAGUCAAGAUAUUGGUAAUAAAGAAGUACGUACUCGGAUUGAAAAUGCUGCUCGGCAGGCCCGAGAAAAAUCUGAAAAGUCCCUUGAAGAAAGUCGCAAACUUGAAAUCCCAAUCAACUCUGCUGAUUUAGAAGGAAUUAACCCAGAGCUUCUUCCUGUCAUCGAAGAAGAGAUUCGCUCCUUCCGCGAUCGUUCAGCUUUGCGGAAGCGCGAGAAACAGCGAGCAAGAGAUGAAUAUGCUAGGCUUCAUCGAGAAUACAAGCAACAGGAAAGAAGAGAUUUCCGCAAGAAAAACGAGGAACUUCAAGAGUUACUGUCCAAGCAUCGGGUUUCUCGCCUUCCUCGGUCCGCCGUUGAACCCUUAUUAAAAUUGGAAUCCGAAAUUCCGGAAACAAUAUCUGAUGAACAAGUUUAUGCGAAAGAAAUGAGCAAGAAGGAAGAUCUUGAAAUGGAUGCUUACUAUGCCAGGGAGCGACGUUGGUUAAAUCGAGAAAAAGCUAGAGGAGCAGCUUUGGAACGAGAAGAGGCAAGGGAACGUGAGGACCGAAUUGCUUUUACCUCUUCGAAAGCUUAUAUGUCUGAAAAACUUGCAUCUUUUGACGAUGAUGAGGAGGCAAGGAUUUCUCAUGAUGAAUAUUUCGUUGAUCGUGCAGCAUGGAUUCGUCAUAGAGCAGUUGCUAAGGCUAGAGAAGAAGACGCAGAUGCAAUAGAUAGACAAGAGGACGAGGCUCAAGCUAAACAUGGGGCUGUUGAUGAGAGGGAGCAACCAGCAUCUGUUACCAAUGCUGUAAGCAGUGAAAUGCCAGAGCAAGGUGGAUUCAAGAUGAGAUUACAACCAAGCAAAGCUGCUGCCGAACCAAGUAAACGUGAAAUUGGUCUUCCUGAACGGAUGUUGUUGGAAGAAGAAGAUGUAGAUGAGCAAAAUGAACAGCGUAGUGCUGAUCGACCUAUGCUAGAAGAAAAUGAAGCCGAGAGAGCAGAGAGACUUCGCAUGAUGAUUGAAAAAAUUCCUGCUGAAAGGGAACAACUAUGGUCUUACCCUGUCGAUUGGAGUAAAGUUACAGAGGAUCUUCUUGUGGAUGAAAUGCAGAAGUUCGUUACCAAAAAAAUCAUUGAAUACAUUGGUAUUCAAGAAGACUCUUUAAUUACUUUUACGGUAGAACAUAUACGAAACCAUAAAGAUGCGAAAUCUCUUGCAGAAGAAUUGGAAAUGGCAUUAGAUGAGGAUGCUGCUGAAUUUGUAAGUAAAGUCUAUCGAUACUUACAUGUACUCUUAAUUUUACGGACUGGAGCUUCACAAUGAUUAAUGUUUAAUUCUUGACGGACGUAUUCAAGUAUUAUUUAUAAUUAAAUAAAGAUUGUUAUAAAUAAAUAUAGAAACUGCAAUUCCUAAUUUUUUUUCUUUUCUUUCGAGUUGGCUUUAGUUGUAAUCUUCAAGGAAGCUUCAGUUGAGAUUCCUAAGAAAACGAGUGCAAUGCCAACCCA